AUGGCUCCCCCUACGCCUGUGCUGGUGAAAGAAGACCUCAGCAGAGUCUACGAGCUGGACAAGAGACUGGGCGAAGCUCAGUGCACUCUCAAGUCGCUCACCCAAUUCGAGUGCACAUUUAACGGUGGGCUGGUGAACUGCUAUCCUUUCAAAAGACUAUUCAAGGAUUGUCUACUGGCAAAUGGUAAGAGACAAAGAGUGGAAGUCACUGAACCUUCCACAAAUGCU